AUAUUCAACAAAUAGCGGCCUCCUUUUCGGGCCCAUCUCUUCUUCUCUGUGUCGUGCCCUUCUCUUCUCUUCUCUUCGCUCGAUUUCAAUUCACAAAAGAAACCUUCUCACUCGUUUGUAUACACACAUAUAUUGGCCAUCUUAAGGGAUUUGAUCUUUGUCUGGUGUGACCUCGAGAUUCCGACAUGCCGCCCGCUGCUCGAAUUCUCCAUCACGCUAAGAAGUUCCAACAAGCACGUAAUGCUUUACAAAGUCAUGGACUUUCUGUACGGUGGUUUACAAAUGAUGCGAGGCCAUUGACUGAUAAAAUAGACUAUAUUUCAAGGCCUAGACCUCUUGGUAGUGGACCUGGGGAUAAGAACAGCAUUCCAAAAAGCUUCAAUGGAGGCAUUUCUAAUCUAUGCUGUUCGUCAGCUGAAGGAACCAUGAUAACCGGGCUGGGAAGGAACCAGGGAAGUUUUUUUUGGACUGCAAGGAAGGGUAAUGCACCAACAAUCGGCGCAUUAUACAACAGUCAACCACUGUAUUUGGCCAGAAGCUUUUCAUCCAAUUCAGAUCUUCCACCACACCAAGAGAUUGGAAUGCCCUCACUCUCGCCUACAAUGACAGAGGGUAACAUUGCAAAGUGGCUGAAGAAAGAGGGUGACAAAGUAGCUCCUGGGGAAGUACUCUGUGAAGUGGAAACGGACAAAGCAACUGUGGAGAUGGAGUGCAUGGAGGAAGGGUAUUUAGCAAAAAUUUUGCGCGAGGAAGGAUCAAGCGGGAUUAAAGUUGGAGAGAUAAUUGCCAUAACUGUUGAAGAGGAGGAGGACAUUGCAAAAUUUAAGGACUACACACCUUCAGCUUCUGGUGCUGCAUCCUCACCCGCACCUGAAAAACCCUCUGCUCGGGCUCCACAAAAAGAAGAAUCUGCACCAGCACCUGCUGCUGUGCCUGAGGCCAAAGCACCAAAACCUAGUGCUCCAUCAGCGGGUGGAGAUCGUAUUUUUGCCAGUCCUCUUGCUAGGAAACUUGCGGAAGAUAAUAAUGUAUCACUUUCAAACAUCAAGGGAACUGGUCCCGGGGGGCGCAUUGUGAAGGCUGAUAUCGAAGAUUAUCUAGCUUCACCUGGUAAGGCUGCUCCUAAAUCUGAUGCUGCUGCUAUUUCUACUUCUCUGGAUUACACCGACAUUCCACAUUCGCAAAUUAGAAAGGUGACAGCAUCGCGAUUGUUGCAAUCAAAGCAAACAAUCCCACAUUAUUAUCUUACUGUAGAUACAUGUGUUGACAAGCUUAUGGAACUGCGCAGCAAGCUGAACACAUUGCAAGAAUCUUCAGGCGGGAAAAGGAUUUCCGUCAAUGAUCUUGUGAUUAAGGCUGCUGCAUUGGCUCUUAAAAAGGUUCCUCAAUGUAACAGUUCGUGGACAAACGACUACAUCCGCCAGUUUCACAAUGUUAAUAUCAACGUCGCUGUCCAAACAGACAAUGGAUUGUAUGUUCCUGUGAUUAGGGAUGCUGACAAGAAAGGUUUAGCGACAAUUUCCGAUGAAGUUAAGAUUCUAGCUCAGAAAGCCAAAGAAAACAGCUUGAAGCCAGAAGAUUACGAGGGUGGGACGUUCACAGUGUCGAACUUAGGAGGUCCGUUUGGAAUCAAGCAAUUCUGUGCCAUAAUCAACCCCCCUCAGGCAGGCAUUCUAGCCGUUGGAUCAGCUGAGAAACGGGUUAUUGCUGGCGCCCGACCUGAACUUUAUAACUUUGCAUCGUUCAUGACUGUGACACUAAGCUGUGAUCAUCGUGUCAUCGAUGGCGCCAUCGGAGCAGAAUGGCUCAAGGCCUUCAAAGGCUACAUCGAGAAUCCAGAGUCUAUGCUGCUUUAAACCGGUUUUGAAACUGACAUUUUCCUUCCAAUUCUUUUCUGUAGUUUUACAGAUUGAUGAUUAUGUAUGCUUGUUCGAAGCAAAUGUUGUUUUGACAUGGUUUUCACGGAUGCUCUGUUGGGAACUUGGUCGAAGAGGGGAACAUAGUCCUUUUUUCCUGUUUUUGAAUAAUAGGUGCCCCUUGCUUAGGCAAUGAAUGUCCCAAGUUCCCUGAGGUUGAGAUUUGAAUUGAAUUGCCAAGGAUUUUCUUUGCCAUAUUGAAGAUACAUAUCCUGGAAAUAAAAUUUUCUUAUCCAUCUUUUGAACUA